UGCGGUUCACCUGUCGUCCUCUGGGGGUCGCUGUGGUGGGUUUUUCAUAGACAUGAACCUGUCAGACAGCACUUGAGUACUCUGUAGCAGUUGGGUCUGAUAAGGAAUGUAAAUGUCUGAGGACGCAGAAGCCCAGGAGGAUGAGCUGCUUGCUUUAUCAAGUAUCUAUGAUGAAGAAGAGUUUCAAAGGGCAGAGUCUGCACAGGGAGGAGAGAUCCAUGUCUGUUUGGAGCUCCCUCCUGAUUUCAAAGUUGUUGUCAAAGGUGAGAAGACAACAGAAUAUAAUAUUUGUUUCUUACCACCUUUGGUGCUCAACUUCGAGCUUCCUCCAGACUACCCAUCCGCCUCCCCCCCAAAGUUCACUCUCAGCUCUAAGUGGAUGACCAGAGCACAGAUGAGUUCUCUGUGUAGGCGCCUUGAUGAGCUGUGGGAGGAGAGCCAGUGCAGUGUGGUUCUGUUCACAUGGAUUCAGUUUCUGAAGGAGGAGGCUAUGGACUUUCUGGGCAUCCAGUCUCCUCUUGAAACCAUCCAGGCAGGAAAUAAGGCGGGUAGUGAACACAGGAAAACUGACCAUGAAGAUGUGAGACACUGUGGAAGUGUCUCUGAAAACCACGAGGAGAUGAAGACUGAAGUGAAGAAGGAAACAUCUGAAUCCCACUCAUUAUCAUCUUCACAACUUGAUCCACGAGCCAUCCUUCUGAGAGAUCCACGCUCUGAACUUCUACCUCAACUCAUGGACUUUGAUGAGGGUCAACGCCAGAAGGUGUUUGACAGUAAAGUUUUCUGCUGUGCCAUCUGCUUUGUAGAGAAGCUGGGUUCCUCCUGUAUCUGCUUUAAGGAGUGCCAGCACGUCUACUGCAAGGCUUGCAUGACUGAAUACUUUCAGAUCCAGAUACGAGAUGGCAACGUUCAGUGCCUUCAUUGCCCCGAGCCCAAAUGUACCUCCUCAGCCACACCUCCACAGGUGAAGCAGUUGGUGGAUGAGGAGCUUUUUGCCCGUUAUGACCGUUUGCUGCUGCAGUCCAGUCUGGACCUCAUGGCUGAUGUGGUCUACUGUCCUCGCUUGUCCUGUGGCACAGCUGUUAUGGCCGAGCCAGACACAACCAUGGGCAUUUGUCCAGCCUGCCAGUAUGCUUUUUGCACAUUAUGCAAGCUGGGCUAUCACGGUCUGUCCCAUUGCAAAAUCAAUGCAGAUGAAUUACACAGACUCAGAGAUGAGUAUGUGUCUGCCACGCCUGCAGGUCAAAAGUUCAUGGAGCAACGUUUUGGGAAGAAGGUGAUACAGAAAGCAGUGGAAGAGUCCUUUAGCAUAGAGUGGCUUAAUGAGAACUGCAAAUGUUGCCCACGCUGUGGCACUAAUAUACAGAAAGCAGAUGGCUGCAAUAAAAUGACCUGCACUUCCUGUAAGCAGUACUUCUGUUGGCUGUGCCUGGGCCAGCUCAGCAAAGUCAGCCCAUACAGUCACUUUAGCAACCCACAGUCACCCUGCUACAAGCAGCUGUUUCAGGGUGUGGAUCUGGAUGAAGAGUUCUGGAGUGAUGAAGAGGACUGACCCUGGUACAGUACCAGGUUCCCUGUAGCUCCACCUGAGUGCACUUUAUUUUAAACUGUCACUUCACCUGUCACACAAAGUCCACCUGCAGUGCCAAUGGUGUGAUACGCUUUUGGCUUGAAUAUGAUUCAACUUGGGUGUGUAAAUUGGAUGAUUGGUUGUUUGUAGCCAGCAACAUUAUUCACGUUUCUGUAUGUGGCAGAUGUUAGGUAUUAGACUCUUCAGGCAAGAACAAGGGUUUAUGGAAACAAAAGCUUUAUUUUUAUUUAGAAAUGCAGGUGCACAUGUUCUCUGUUGAUGGAAAUCCAUUAAAAAUGAUUUGAUAUUUUGUCAAUUUUUAUUAAUUAUGAUCAUCAACAAUAUACCCUUUAAUUA